AUGUGCAUCAAGCAGGGGGCUGCUGCCCCCCGCCAGCGCUGCCGAGACACCACGCAGUUCGGGAGAGCGCGGGUGCAAGGCGUGGGGGUUGCCUCGCUGCUGGUGGGGCGCCGGCCGGGCCGGGCCUUUCCUUCGCAGCGCCCGGGGCGCUGGGCUCGCAGCACCUCCCCGCGCACCCCAGAGCCGUGGCCGCCCGGCGCUCCCGCGCCUCCCCCGCCGGCUCCGUCCCCGCUCCGGCAAGCGGCAGCCUGCUCCGGCGCCGCCGGGUCCCUCCCCAGCGCGGCCCCGUGCCCGGCUGCCGCCGUCGCGGAGGAGCGCGGUGGGACGCAGCCGGCAGCACUGCCCCUCCGACCGCUGCUCUUCGCCCGCGCCGCAGGCGGUGACGUCUCCGAGCUUCGGAGAGGUAAUGGCGGCGCGGCCGGGCUAACGCUGCUUCUGGCAUCGGCAUUAAAAGGAGAGCCGGAUGAAGAGCACUGGGCGAAGCACUUUGCGGGCUGUGCUGGCAAGCACCAAUCUCCCAUCGACAUCCAGAAGAAAAAAGUGACCUACAACCCCCACUUACCCCAGCUGGAGCUGCGUGGCUACGACGGGCUGCAGGGGAGCUUCACCAUGACCAACAACGGUCAUUCGGUUCAGAUCGGUCUGCCACCCACCCUGCGCAUCUCCAGAGGGCUUCCAGGCCUCUGCACAGCCGUGCAGAUGCACCUGCACUGGGGAGGGCUGGACCUGGAGACCGGCGGCUCUGAGCACGCCGUGGACGGGCCGAGAUACUUGGCAGAGGGACCUGCGUGGGCGGAGCUGCACGUUGUCCAUUACAACUCUGCCAACUACUCGAGCUUCGAAGAAGCAAGAGACAAGCCAAAUGGAUUGGCCGUGCUCGCCUUCCUGCACGUGGGUGGACACUUUGAGAACACCUGCUACAGUGAAUUCAUUUCCAAACUGGCCAGAAUCAGCUUUGCAGGACAAUCAACGGAACUCACUUCUCUGGAUGUCCGGGCCAUGCUGCCGGAAAACCUCUCGCACUUCUACAGGUACCAGGGCUCGCUCACAACCCCGCCUUGCUCCGAGCGCGUGGCCUGGACCAUCUUUGAGUCUCCAGUUGUACUAUCACACACACAGAUCAGCCUGCUGGAGAACACCUUGCUGGACUGGCAAAACAGGACCCUGCGGAACGACUACCGGCACGCUCAGCCGCUCCACGACCGCGCGGUAGAGGCCUCCUUCAGAGCCAAACUCGCCCAAGAGCAAUGCCAUCCGGAGGAGUUCACGCUCAGGCUGGAGCAAAUCCAGAUGCAGCUCCAGGACAUGAAGAAAGAGCUGCUGAAUGGAGUGAGCCAGACCGAUAAGAAACCUGCAUCUGUGGAGUUACAGCAUUUGGUCCCCAGUCUGGGCCAGAUGGAGAAUUUCCGUGUUAAAUCCAGCACUUUCCCAGCUUUCUACUUCCCAGCAGAAAACACUGAGAGUUCUGUGCACGUUCAGCCCCUCCGCGCUAUGACUCUCCCAGCCUUCACCUUAUGCUUUUGGACCAAAGCCCAGAGGGCCGGCACUCAGACCGUUCUCUCCUACUCCACGCCGCAGAGGGAUAACGAGCUAGUGGUGACUGUGGGUACAGACGUGGGGCUGUGGGUAGGAGGCCGUUUCAUCUGCUUCCCUCUGCACCACGAGUCAGAGAACUGGCUGCACUACUGCAUGGCAUGGGCCUCCCAGUCUGGGAUGGCAGAUCUACGGCUGAACGGAGCAGCGGGUAAAGCCAAGAGGAUCCAGAAGGGGUACGUGACCCAGGCUGGAGGGACGCUUGUCCUGGGCAAAGACAGAGACACUCUUCCUGGGACCUCCUCCAACGGCUUUGCGGGCUGGAUGACCCACGUGAACCUGUGGGGUCAAGGUCUCAGGCCUGCAGAUGUUCGGGCACUUGCACUGUGCAAGCCUGGGCAAUUGAAGGGAGAUAGCGUAGCAUGGGGAGAGACUCCCAUGACCCUCCUGGGGGGAGUGGUUCUGGAGUCUGACACCAGCUGUGAGUGACGCCCUCCCUCCCCCCCACCCCUUUUUUUUUUAAAGGCAAGAAAGGAAUCCAACACACUUGCUGCGACACUUGAGAAGGGAAGCUUGCUCCAUGUAUUUAUUUUUGAUUAAUUGCUCGUCUCUCCUUCUGCUCUGUAUAGGUUUGCUAGGCACCUACUUAGUGCUCUAGGCUUCUUUCCAAGAAGGUACAGUAGUUGGAGGUGAGGCCUCCAUCAGUGUGACAGAGGGAAAGAACAGAGCAGAACUCAGCACGCUCCAGCACCUUGCACUGUCAAAUCCCUCCCAGAAGGUUGCUUUAGGGCACCGGACACCCUACAAAAUGAAAUGCCCCAUGCAUCCAUCUUCCUCCCACACGCCAGAGAGCUGCUCUCUUUGGUCAAAGGAACCCCCUCUUCAAGCAAAAUCUAUCUCAUGCACCCUUUCCCCAGGCUCAAUUUCUCACCAUCCCUGCACAUCUCCUCUUCUGUGAAUGGAUGCAGAGACUGAGCAGGGAAGCAGCAUCUUUUCAACAGGUGUACAUCACAAGAGAAGUUCGAGGGUAAAGCCAGAAGGUUGAGUAAGAAACAAGAGAAGGUUGAGUAUGAAACUGAGGGUACAGAAGUACAUCACGUGAAGGACUGUCUCCAUCAAGAAUACAAAGUCAGCACCAGGCUGUUGAAGAAUUCGGUCUUUUCCCCCCCUAGAGGGCAGCAGCCCUGCACAAACAUUAAUUUAAUUGAAUUUCCCCAUGUUACGUUAUGCUGUAAUUAACCCUAGAAACAUUAAACCAAUAAAUAUUUUAAGAACUCCUUCA